ACUAAGCGAGCUUCCCCGCUUUGACUGUGCUUGACUCGGACUCGAUUCACCACUGCUUCUUCAACGUUGGAUCUUCUGACUCUUGUACCAAGGAUUGUUUGCUUCUGUGCUCCUCAUACUCGACAUCAUGGAGACUACCAUAGCACCGGUCGCAGUACCACCAACAUCCACCACCAUCGAUGAUAAGGGACCGGUACCCAUGUCAUUCCCAGCAAUCCUGCGGGAUUCUGGAAUAACAGAUAGGUUUGCACACCUUAGAAUUGGUACUGGGAAGUCCGUUUCUUUAGCAUCAAGUCCCUAUCCGACUACUAAGAAGAGUAGGAGGGAUGAGAAGGAGGGGAAACGUUGGAUUCGGCGCAAGGAGAACGCUCGGUUCGUUGGAAAUCCGCAUAUAGUCGCUGCUUCGAAGAAGGAUUUCCACGUUGACCUUCCAAGCACCCGGGCCACUUUCCCGGAACCGUUGCCCGCCUACCUUUCACGUAACAAUGCUAUACCUUCUGCCGUUCCAACUGCACGCGAACCUAUCUCUGCUAAUGCGGGUCGUUUCUCUAUGAGUCUCAAGGGUAUGAGGCGGGAGCUACGCAGGUCAGGUCCGAGAACGGAAGUCUUGGUUAAGGAGGUAGAGGACGAGAUCGUCUCUUGGCUCAGACAUGGCGGCGUCCUACUGAACCCGGAUGUCAUUCAUGACUCGAAUAUUCAUGGGUCACCUGUAGGCACCCUUGGCGUUAUUAGCGAAGUGUCAAGAACCCCCCUCCAACUUGUCUGGUCCACUGCAGAUGACGCGUUUGCCCGUUAUGUCGUUCACUGCUGUGCUCGCUAUCACAGUAUUGUCAGUUUCAGCAAGGAUACUUCCAGACAGCGUCUCACGUACCUUCUUCGUCCCAACGUAACUCGUCCCGACUUUCUUGCUCCGCGCGCAUUGGAUACGCCUCCUCCAACGGAUGAAUCAGAACUUUCAGCCUUCGAAUAUGCCUCUGAAUCCGACUUGGUUUCAGACAGGUCAGACGCCGGAGCUGACUCUGAUUUCGAAGGCGCUCCUCCUCCAAGUGUUGCAGCAGCACUGUCAGCUAUCGCUGAAAGCCUCCCAGCGUCACCUGCACUUGACGCCACUCUGAUAGCUCAAGACUCAGACGAAUGGUCUGUCAUUGGUGAUAGCGAGGGAGAGGCGGGAGAUGAAGCACCCAGUGACAUAGCGAGCAGCGUUGGCUCGUUAUCCUUGAACGAACAUGGAAUCCCAAUCGUGGAGUCGCAAGGAAUUCGCCAGCUGCCUUUGCGCUCACGAUUCUGGGAACGUCAACGACGUUCGGCUUCGUCACCUUCCCGAUCGCCUGCUAGAAGAACGCCUCCCAGAAUUCAUCCUUGCAUAGACCCGCCUAGGACUGUAGAACCCUCCAUCAGGCGAUCAUUCCAUGAGUAUCUUUUCUCGUGAAGAGAUGGUAUGGGAAACGGCUAUGAUAUUUGAGACCCUGUUUCGUUCUUCAUUUCCUUAUGAUUUAAUGAUGUUUCAAUUUAUUCUUAACUUCUGUAUAUUUGUAUAAAGAAUAGAAGAAGCGAUACUGUAAAUAUACGAAGACUCUAUAU